AUGCCAGACUUCUUCAGAGAUCAGCCAACAGCAAAUGCAACUUGGCCACGCGUUGAACAAGAUUUACUAACUGUCAACACCUAUCUUCAAUCACAAAAGUAUACGAAAAUCGGUCUGAUCGGGUUUUGCUGGGGUGGUCUUCGAGCAAUGAAAGCAUGUGGUAAUGGAAAUAACGUGUCGUGGACCAAUACACCAUUCUUCACUGGUAUUAGUAUUCAUGGUUCACAACUUAAUGUGCCAGAUGCAAAUGUACUUCAGGUUCCAAUGUUGUUUAUUCGAGCAGGGACUGAUCCAUCGCUAGAUAAUAUAACAGCAGUUCUGGAUCAAAAAUCGUUUGGUAGUAAAUGUGAAUAUAAAGUGUAUGAGAAUAUGACACAUGGUUUUGUUAGUGCUGGUGCUAAUUAUUCAAAUCCGGCAAAUGUGGCUGCAAUCGAUGAUGUGCAUCAUACUUUGCAAAAAUAUUUGACCAUGAUAUUGGCUUGGCGACUCUAA